AUGGCUGCUAGGAAUAAUACAGAUGUGAAGGAAUUCAUAUUCCUUGGCUUAACAGAAAAUUCCAAUUGGCAGAUUCCUCUCUUUUUGCUUUUCAGCAUAAUUUAUUUAAUCAUGGGUAACUGGGGAAUGAUCUUCUUGAUCUGGUUGAAUGCCCACCUUUGUACCCCAAUGUACUUCUUUCUUGGUAAUCUCUCUUUCUGUGACAUCUGCUACUCCACUGUUAUUGCUCCUAAGAUGCUCAUCAAUAUCCUUUCAGAACACAAGUCUUGUAGACUCCAUUCCUGUGUUCUUCAGAGUUUCUUUUUUAUGGUGUAUGUAACCACAGAAGUCACUCUCCUGUCUGUGAUGGCUUAUGAUUGCUGUGUGGCAAUUGUAAACCCUUUAAUGUACACAGUUAUUACGGCGUUCAGCAUCUGCACUCAGAUGGUUCUUGCAUGUUACCUGGGUGGCCUCAUAAAUUCCAUGGUUCACACAAUAGGUUUACUCAGACUAGACUUCUGUGGCCCCAACAUUGUGAAUCACUUCUUCUGUGACAUUCCUCCUCUUUUGAAGCUUGCAUGUUCUGAUGCACAUAUCAAUGAGACACUGAUUUUUGUCUUCUCUGGAGUGAUUUCUAUUUUCACUUUCAGCAUUGUCAUGGUGUCCUAUAUCCACAUUAUCAUUUCCAUCCUGAUAAUCUGCUCAAUUGAGGGGAGGUGUAGGGCCUUCUCCACCUGUGCCUCACACCUGGCAGCUGUGACAUUAUUUUAUGGUUCUGGGACAUUAAGUUAUAUCCAGCCAAGCUCUCAGUACUCUAUGGAACAGGAAAAAGUAUCUGCUGUAUUUUACAUCUUGGUCAUCCCUAUGUUGAAUCCUCUGAUUUACAGCCUGAGGAACAAGGAUGUAAAUAAAAGAGGUUGA